AUGGCCAACUCCACAACACUUAAUGUCUUCUAUCUACGGGCCUUUGCUGACAGUAUGAGAUUUAAAGGCUUGGUCUUUGUUCUCUUCCUGGCUAUAUACCUUUUAACUCUACAAGGGAACGUGGCUAUUAUUAUUCUCACAAAAAUGGAUCAUCGUCUUCACACACCAAUGUAUUUUCUUCUUCGAAAUCUUUCAUUUCUGGACAUCUGUUAUACCUCUACAACACUACCACAAAUGCUUGUCAAUGUGUUGAUAGAUAAUUCAGCUAUUUCCUUACCAGCAUGUAUUAUCCAGUUAUAUGUCUUCCUCUCAUUGGCGGCUUCUGAGUCUGCUUUACUGGCCACAAUGGCUUAUGACCGGUAUGUUGCCAUAUGCAAUCCAUUGAGAUAUUCAGUAAUUAUGAAUAAAGAUGUUUGCCUCCAUAUGGUUUCUGGGACCUGGGUAAUUGGAGGCAUUUAUGGGGCAAUUCAUACUGCCAACACUUUUAGGUUACCGUUUUGUGGCCCCAGGGUCCUUAACCAUUACUUUUGUGAUAUUCCUCCUUUGCUGAAGAUUUCCUGCAUUGACACGUUCCCUAAUGAAGUUACUGUUAUCAUUGUGGGUGGUUUUCUAAUGCUUGGCUGCUUCUUGUUAAUAUGUGGCUCUUAUGUACACAUCCUUUUUUCAGUCUUUAACAUUCCUAAAGGACGCGGCCGAAGCAAACCUUUUUCUACCUGUAUAUCUCACCUUAUUGUUGUCCUGCUAUUUUAUGGCAGUGGAAGCUUCAUGUAUAUGCGGCCAAAAUCUAAUCUACUGGCUGAUAAGGAAUGGCUUCUGUCAUUGUUCUAUACCUGUAUUACACCUCUCCUAAACCCUAUCAUAUACAGCUUAAGAAACAAAGACAUCCAAGCAGCAUUUGCUAAGCUUGUUAAAUGA